AUGCUACUGCUCACUAAAACAGUGAAAAUAUUUAUCAUUUUCAAUUACUAUUAUACAAACUAUUUAAUAUCAUGUGCAAAUGAAUCAUUUUUAACGAUCGACGAUGGAAUACUACGUAAUUUUUGUGAAGCCAAUGAAAUUUGCGCAAAACAAAGUACAAGCGAUAAACAAUAUUUUCUAAUGGGAUUAAAUUGUAUUCAAUGGAUUCCUGAUAAGAAUUAUUCCAGUAAAAUAUUCUGGACAAGUAUUGUUCAUCUAUUACCAGAAGUUAAUACCACAUCAAUGGUACAAUUGAUCUUACGUGAUGCAAAUCCAAUGGGUCGUAUGUCAUCAAUAGCAGAUAAUCCAUCUACAUUAAAUCCUUCAAGAGUUUUACUUAUUCCAAGUAAACAAUUACGUCCAGAUUCAUUAUCAGCAAAAAAGAAUUAUGGUAUAGUUUGUGAAUUAUUUCGAAAAGGAAUUCAAACUAUGUCACGAUUUACAUUUCAACAAUUUUCUAAAUUCUUUCAAUUUAAUUAUUUGCAUAAAACACCUAAACUUGAUUCUUGUCAUAUUCAACUUCGUGUGUCUAAUUUAAAUGAAUGUUUAUACAG